AUACUGCAGUUAUGUCGUAAAACCUACAAACGGCAUGUAGCGUAGUUUCCACGUGGUGUCAGCAUUGUAUGUUUUGUUUUGGCACAGUUUGCCAUGCGUGCGCGCAACCGGUAUCAUGCGUAUCAAAGAUCAAGGCCGCCGGACGGUUUCUAACCUACCGUUUUUGAGGUUAGGUAUAAUCACAUUGCUGUGUUUAUCGUUUUAUUGAGAUAGUAUUCAAAAAUAAAACAGUUUGAAGGAAAAGUGACUGUUGAGAGGUGUGUCUUUAGUUUAAAAUUGAAAUCCCAUGGUCUGAUAUAAACACAGCUACUCUAAGUGACCAUGUCCCGUCUAAUCCUACACCGUGCCGUGGGCAGCCCACCCGCCCGGUCUGUGAUGAUGCUCAGCGAAAUCCUGGGCCUGAAGAUGGAGUACAAUGAUGUCAAGAUACUGCAGAAUGAACAGAAGUCUCCUGAGUUUAAGAAGUUAAAUCCUAUGGGAACAGUACCGGUGCUACAAGACGGUGACUUCGUUUUGUCUGAAAGUCACGCCAUAAUGAAGUAUCUGCUAUCUAAGUACGGCGGCGACAAGAGCGAGUCGCUGUACCCGAGCGACCUGCGCACGCGCGCUAUAGUGGACCAGUGCAUGUUCUUCAACGCCGGAGUUUUCUUCAAGGCGCUUGGAAAUGCUGCUAUGUCAGCAUUCACCGGCCUAGAGAAGCCGACAGCGCAACACAUAGCCGACAUAGAAUCUUCGUUCUCUGUAGUGGACGCGUACCUGCAGAGAAGACCGUACAUUGCGGCCGAUCGGCUGACGUUGGCUGAUCUUGCGGCCGGAGCCACGGCUACUAGCAUACAGGUGUUCCGUAAAGUGGAUGCUGAUAAAUUCCCUCGUUGCGCCGACUGGUUAUCACGUUUGGGAGAGGAACAAGUCUUCAAAACUGUCAUGGCGCCGGGAGCAGAAUAUUUCCACAAAUUAAUGCACGCUAUAUGGGAGAAAAAUAAGAAGAAAAGUCAAAAAUCAUUAACAAUGGCGCCUUUACUCUACAAGUUGGACGCGAGUCCCCCGGCUUGUGCUGUGCGUAUGGUGGCCGACAUCAUCGGACUGACGCUCGACUUCAAGGACCCGGACAUACAGAAGAUGGAACACAAGUCUCCUGAAUAUUUGAUGUUGAACCCUCAGGGCACUAUUCCUGUUCUUGUGGAUGGAGACUUUAUUCUGUCUGACAGCCACGCGAUUAUGAUCUACUUGCUAUCUAAGUACGGUGGAGAGAAGAGUGAGUCGCUGUACCCGAGCGACCCGCGUACUCGAGCUAUAGUGAAUCAAGUCAUGUUCUUCGAUACUGGCAUCUUCUUCGUCAGGAUUAAAGUUGUUGCUCUCCCCACAAUAAUGGAAGGUAUGAAAGCCGCAACAGAGAAGCACCUCCGAGACUUAGAAGAGGCUUACGGCAUGUUGGAGGCCUAUCUAUCUCGCAACAAGUAUGUGGCGGCCGACCAUAUUACUAUUGCUGAUUUGUCUGUGGCGGGAACUCUUGGAGCUGCACAGGCCAUUCUGCCUUUGAAUGCGGAUAAGUUCCCUAAGACUGCAAAAUGGUACGCCUCUAUGCAGGAGGAGACUUUCUUCAAAAAUAUCGCUACACCCGGUAUAGCGAAGUUCAACGCAGCCAUGCAAUACUACUGGAAGAAAAAUAAUGCUCAAUAAAUGUUUUUUAACAUA